AUGUUGAUGCGCCUAAUACGUUGCAACAGUACUCUAAGGACAUUGACUCCGGACGGCAUCAAGAAACACUUUGUCAUUUCUUAUGCAAGAAGUUCAGGAGCUGGAGGCCAGCAUGUCAACACAACGGACUCUAAAGCCGUUAUCAAAUUACCCCUUGAUAGAUGGUAUGCCGCUAGGGGGAGCUGGAUUCCAAGUAAGCAAUUCGACAAUAUAAUGAAAAACGUCAACGAUUCAGAUGCUCCACAUUACAAAAAGUUCCCCUAUUUUACGAGUUCUGGUGAUAUCUUAAUUACAAGCAGUGAAACACGAUACAGGGAUAAAAAUCUUAACGACUGCCUGGAGAAGUUUGUCAAAGCAGUUGAGGUUUGUGGUCAAGUAAGAGACGAAGUUAACGAAAAUACAAAGCAACACUGGGAUAAGUUAAAGAAGAGGGACAAUGAGGAGAGGCUAAAGAGUAAAAAACUAAAGAGGGACAAGAAAUCUGCCAGGCGUAAAAUUUCACUGGAUUUUUAA